AUGAUACCUUGGAGUAUAUUCUUGCUUCAUAUACUGCUGUUUUUGUUACAAGGAUAUAUCUGUGCAUCAUCCAUCUUGACGAGAACAUCAAAAGAAGGGUUUAAUGAAAAUCGACAGAAAAGAGCUCUUUUAGCAGCACAGUUUGAAGCAACUUCUCCAAGAUAUUUUUUCCAUGAAGCUAUUAAUUGGGGUGAAAGCAAAAUAAAAGGUUCUUGUCCUCAUGAAUGCCUUAACGGAGCUUUCUGUUCUAAGACUGGUGUAUGCGACUGUCAAAUAUUUCAGGCGCUUGGGACAAGGUGCCAGAUUAUCCCAAACAUGGGCAAUGGCAGAGAUGGAAUUUGUAAAACCUGGGGACAGUACCACUUUGAAACAUUUGAUGGAAUCUACUAUUAUUUCCCAGGAAACUGUUCAUACAUUUUUGCAAAGGACUGUGAUAAUUUGGAGCCUCAGUAUACUGUAUGGGUUCAUAAUAGCCCUAAAUGCCUUGGUUCAGUGUACUCUUGUUAUCGGUCAAUCAGCUUGUUCUUUUCAAACCAAGAGGAAAUUCGAAUUUAUGGUCAUGAUAUAAAAAAGAAUGGACUCAGUUUAACAUUGCCUCAGACAAUUGGACAUGUUUUCAUUGAGAAACUAGCUGACUACAUUCUGGUGAAAACAACUUUUGGUUUUUCAUUGGCUUGGGAUGGAAUAUCUGGAAUUUACCUCAAACUGUCUGGGGAGCAUAAAGGGAAAUCAUGUGGCCUAUGUGGAAACUACAAUGACCUUCAAUCUGAUGAUUUCAUAAUUCAGCAUGAGGACUACACAGAAGACAUUGCUCUGUUUGCAAGUUAUUGGGUGGUGCAAACUCCCGAUGACGCCAAAUGUGUCCCCACACCCUCAGAUUUUCCGAGUCCAUGUUCAAGUGGAAUGCCAGCAUUUGAGGCCAUCUUCUUCAAGUGUCAGAUUCUGUUGCAGUUUCCUUUUCUCAGCUGCCAUGAAUAUAUUGAUCCAUAUUUAUAUAUUGCCAGCUGUGUUAAUGAUCUCUGCAAAACUGAUGAUGAUAAUACUUAUUGUCGAGCAGCCACGGAGUAUGCAAGAGCCUGUUCUCAUGCUGGCUACCCUAUUCAAGACUGGAGAGAUGACUUUCCAGCUUGCACUGAUAAAUGUGAUGAUAGCUUUGUCCAUCGGGAUUGUAUCAGUUGUUGCCCACCAACCUGCACAUUUGAAAAGGAAUGUCUUGGGAGCAAUCUCCAUUGUCUUGAUGGUUGUUACUGUCCAGAUGGCCUCAUAAUGGACAAUGGAACUUGCAUCUCCCUGGAAAAUUGCCCAUGUAUUUUUCAUGGAUUAGCUUAUUCAGUUGGUUCAAAAAUUGAACAAGAAUGUACUGAAUGUGUCUGUGUUGGUGGAAUUUGGAACUGUACUGAACAUGACUGUCCAGUUCAAUGCUCUGUUGUGGGUGAUUCUCAUUUUACAACUUUUGAUGGUCGGCAUUAUUCUUUCAUUGGCAUAUGCCAGUAUAUCCUUCUGAAAGGCACUGGAAAAGACAGAUUCACAAUCACUUUACAGAAAGCUCCCUGUGAGCAGAACCUUGGCUUGGUAUGCCUUCAUUCCAUAACUCUAAUUCUGGAGGAUGAUUUUAGCAAACAAGUAACACUUAGUAGGGGAGGACAAAUCCUGACUAGCCCUAAUCAAGGCCUCAAUCUGAAUGGAAUUGUUGAAAUUAAAACUCUGUCAUCCUUAUUUAUUCUUCUAAAAACCACAUUUGGUUUAAAGAUCCUGUUUGCUAUAGAUGGGGAAAGAAUUUAUAUCCAGCUCACUAGUGCAUGGAAAAGAAGAACAUUAGGUCUGUGUGGCACUUUUAAUGGAAACAUAAGGGAUGAUUUUCUUUCUCCAUCAGGCAUGAUAGAAGGUACCCCACAGCUUCAUGCAAAUGCGUGGCGAGUUUCCUCCACUUGUUUUGCACCUGUUCAUGUCCCUGUGGUGGACCCCUGUAACAUUAAUCAACAAAACAUCGGGUAUGCAGCACACUGUGAUGUCAUCCACCAGGAGCUCUUUGCUCCUUGCCAUUUCUACAUUAGCCCCGGGCUGUACUAUCAGCUAUGCAGACAUGAUGCAUGCAAGUGUGGAAGUGCCUGCCUAUGCAAUGCUCUUGCUCACUAUGCCUAUCUCUGUGGCCAGCGUGGUGUUUCCAUUGAUUUUAGAGCUCAAGUUUCAUUCUGUGCUGUGGUGUGCCAGAGAGGCAUGCUGUACCAUCACUGCUCCUCCUUUUGCCUGCGAUCCUGUGCUUUCCUCUCCUCCCUGGAGCAGUGUAAUGAUGAUUGUGCUGAAGGCUGUAACUGUCCUGAAGGCAAAUACUAUGAAGACACCCUUAGUUUUUGUGUGCCCAUAUUUCAUUGCCGCUGUCAUUAUAAGGGCAGCAUUUAUCAACCUGGAGAGCUGAUCCCCACACCCUCAGGCUUAUGCCAGUGUUCAAAUGGAACUGUGCAAUGUGAUGAACCAGCAACACCCUCUACUGUUCGUGCCUGCCCAGAAGGAAAACAAUUCUUUGACUGCAGAUUUCCUGACCCUGAAUUACCAGCUGGUGGUAUAAAUUGUGAGACUACAUGUGCAAACCUGGCCAUGAACUUCACUUGUGCCCCAUCUUCACCCUGUAUAAGUGGAUGUGUUUGUGCUCCAGGAAUGGCAGAGCACAAAGGAAAAUGCUAUGUUCCUGACAGCUGUCCAUGCAUCUGGAAAGACUGGGAGUACCUCUCAGGAGAAGUGAUUGCAACACCAUGUUAUACCUGUGUUUGCCGACGAGGGAUGUUCAAUUGCACAUAUUAUCCAUGUCCAGCAGUGUGCACAAUUUAUGGGGACCGACAUUAUCAUUCUUUUGAUGGGUUGGAAUAUGACUAUAUCAGUGAUUGCCAGGUUUUUUUGAUAAAGAGUACAGAUGACUUGGAUAUAUCUGUCAUUGCCCAGAACAAAAAAUGCUUUGACAACGAUAUUGUUUGUUCUAAAAGUGUUUUGAUUUCAGUUGGGGACACUGAAAUUUACCUGAAUGAUACUCCUUAUAAACAGAAGCGAUUAGGUUUUUUUCUGGAAAAUAAUCCUACGUACCAACUUUGGAAUGCUGGCUACUAUACAGUAGUGUACUUUCCAGAGGAAGAUAUCACUAUUCUUUGGGAUAAAAAGACAACCAUUCAUAUCAAAGUUGGACCACAGUGGAAGAACAAACUAGGAGGACUGUGUGGAAACUUUGACAAAUGUACUUCAAAUGACAUGACCACAUCUAAUAACUUGGAAGUGAGAAAUGCCCAGGUAUUUGGAGAUAGCUGGGCAUUAGGACAGUGUGAAAGUCCAGGCGAAGCAAUUAAACCCUGUGAGGCACAGCAAAACAAAUUUCCUUAUGCCAAGAAAGAAUGCUCCAUUUUGUACAGUGAUCUUUUUGCUCCAUGUCGCAAUGUGAUUGAUGUGACUUCUUUUGCCAAAAAUUGUCAUGAAGAUACAUGUAACUGUAAUCUUGGUGGAGAUUGUGAAUGUUUAUGCACAAGCAUCGCAGCGUACGCAUACAAGUGUUGUCAGGAAGGGAUAUCGAUUCACUGGAGGUCGUCUACUACUUGUUCCCUGGAUUGUGAAUAUUACAAUGAAGUGCCAAUGAUCUGUCUUCUCCUGAGAGCCCAGGGAGUUGUCAUACAUACUGCUUUGUGUUUUGCAGCAUUGGCAGUUGUUUCCUUGGAAUCUGCUGAAAGACCAAACUACUUUCUCUAUGUCCAUGACAAUGACACUCUUAGUUUGAAGCUGUGGGAGGGAAAUUCAGCCUUUCAUCGGAGAGCCACAUUUUUCCACCAUCAAGGCCUCUGGAUUCCUGGUUACAGUACAUUUGAAUUAUACAGCAAGAAAGGCUUUUUCAUCAUAUUCACAGCUUUUGGUGUCAAAGCAUCAAAAUAUGAUGAUUCUGAAGAAUUUAAGCAUUCAAGUAGCUUCAGCUUAGAAGAAAUUCAGGCAGCGGUUCCUUACAGGAGGAUGUGUGAAUGGAGAUAUGAACCUUGUGCCACUCCCUGUUUUAAGACAUGUAGUGAUCCUGAAGCAUUAGCAUGUAAAUUUCUUCCACCGGUUGAAGGAUGCUUGCCCUACUGCCCUAAAAAUAUGAUCCUUGAUGAGGUCACCCUCAAAUGUGUUUAUCCAGGAGACUGCAUACCUCCCACAGAACCAGCAUUAAUGACACCUACUGGUCUAACACCAGACUUCACUCUGCUGGACAUGCUAACAACAACAACAGGUUUGGAAUGUGAGCCUCAACAAUUUGAUCCUGUUUAUAAUUGUAGCCAAUAUAUAUGCCUUGACAUGGAGUGGAAAUUGUACAACUGGUCACUUAAUUGCCCAAAGGACAUAGAAAUGCCUGAUUGUGGUUUCCGGGGAAGGCCUGUUCAAGUGAACAGUGAUAUCUGCUGUCCUGAGUGGGAAUGCCCUUGUCGGUGUUCCAUGUUGUCAGAGCUGAGCAUUAUUACGUUUGAUGGAAACAAUGCAGCAUUAUAUAGUAUGGCUUCUUAUAUCUUAGUGAGAAUUCCUGGUGAAAUUAUAGUUGCUCAUAUUGAAAAAUGUUCUAUGAACCAGAAUGGACACUCCUUGACAAAGGUAGCUUCUUCUGGAAGGAUCUCUGGACUUUGUUUUAAGAAGUUAAAUCUGACAACAUCUAUACAUAAAAUACUUGUCAAUCGUUUAGAAAGAAAGAUAGAAGUGGAUUCUGUUGUUGUGCCUUUGCCCUUUUCAAGUCAUAAUAUGUCCAUCGAAGAUUCUGGCACAGUGUAUGUGAUUACUACUCCAGCUGGACUCAUCGUAAAGUGGGCACAUCUUACAGGAAUUAUAGACAUUCAUUUUGGUUCCCAGUUUAAUUUGUCAUCAUACACAGAAGGACUUUGUGGAAUCUGCAAUGAUGAUCCAGAUGAUGAUCUAAGGAUGCAAAAUGGCACAGUUAUUACCAAUAUGGAAGACAUAGAAUUAUUUAUUGAGAGCUGGGAAAUUGAGAAAGUUUUUAAAGUCACAACAAGAAGACCUGCUAGGAAUUGUACUGAGCAUGAUUGCAGUGAUUGCGUGGAGUUGUUAAAGAGAAGAGUUUUCACUCCAUGCCAUGAUAAAGUUUCACCACAGGAUUUCUGUGAAAAGAUGUGGAUCAAUUAUACCUAUUUUUGGAACUAUGAAUGUGAUGCGCUUUCUGCAUAUGUAGCUCUUUGCAAUAAGUUUGACAUCUGCAUUCAAUGGAGAACACCUGAUUACUGCUCUCUAAAUUGCCCAGAGGGGAAGGAAUAUCAGCCUUGUGUGCAACCUUGUGAAGCAAGAACAUGUCUAAACAAAUGGUUCUACGAUCACUCCUCAUGUCUGAAUUUAAGAGAAGACUGUGUGUGCAAAAAUGGAACCAUUCUUCACAGGCCCGAUUCAACUGAAUGCAUUCCAGAGAAAAAAUGUGUGUGUACUGAUAUUGACGAUCGACCCCGUGCUGCUGGGGAAGUAUGGAAUGGGGGUAUCGAUGAAUGCUCCCUGUACAAAUGUCUUGAGAAUGGAAGCAUUAUUCCUAUAGAGCCUGACUGCCAUGAGCAGCCCUCGCCAGUUUGUGAACGAGAAGGUGAAAUUGUCAUGGGCAUUGUUGAUAAGUGGACCUGCUGUUCAGAGGAAAUUUGUGGAUGUGACAUGACUUUGUGUGACACUACCAUUCCAACAUGUACAAGUAGUCAAAAAUUGGUCAUUGGCUAUAACCCUCUUUCUUGCUGUCCACAGUACCAAUGUGAAUGUGAUCCAGUCAAAUGCCCUGAUAUUCCAAUACCAGAAUGCACAGAAGAACAAUUCAUGAUUCAAGUUCAACAAGGAGAACCCUGUUGUUACUCCCCUCUCUGUGUGUGUGAACCUUGCAUUGAAGCUAUUCCACUGUGUACUGAUGGAGAGUUUCUUACUGUGGAUCUUAAUAUUACACAAUUCUGCUGUCCUCAGUAUUACUGUGUUUGUGAGCCAAAUCUUUGCCCUAUACCACUACUUGACUGUGCAGAAGAUAGGAAACUUGUGAAAGAAAAUAUAUCUGGUCAAUGUUGUCCAGUGUGGCAUUGUGAAUGUAGCUGUGAAAAUCUUGUUAUACCAACUUGCAAAGUGGGAGAAUAUACUGCAAUUGACCGUAACUUUCAGAGCGACUGUGGAUGUGUACAAUAUCUAUGUGAAAAGGAUGAUAUUUGUGUAUUUCAAGAAGUAUCAGUAUUGAAUCCUGGACAAUCAAUGAUAAAGUAUUUGGAAGGGGACUUUUGCUAUGCAAUAGAAUGCCUGGAUGAAAAAGAUAACUACACAGGCUAUCACACUCUGAAUUUUACAAUGGUGAAUUGUUCAAAAGAAUGUGACAUUCACCAGGUAUACAUCCCAUCGCCAAGUGAUUAUGAUUGUUGUGGUUCCUGCAAAAAUGUAUCCUGCAAAUUUUCUGUGGAAAAUGGAGCCUCAGUUAUAUAUGAGGAGGGGAGUACCUGGAACUAUAAUUGCACCACAUAUGAAUGUGUUAAGACUGAUGAAGGGGCAGUGAUUCUAAACUAUAGUAUGGUCUGUCCUCCUUUUAAUGAAACUGAAUGCAAAAUGAAUGAAGGGAUUGUAAAGAUUUAUAAUGAAGGCUGUUGCAAGAUCUGCAAACGAGAAGAAAGAAUAUGCCAGAGAGUGAUUAUAAAAGCAAUCAUAAAGAAGCAGGACUGUACAAGUCAAAGCUCUGUAAAUGUUGCAUCUUGUGAUGGAAAGUGCCCAUCAGCUACUAUAUAUAACAUCAAUAUUGAGAGCCACCUAAGAUUCUGCAAGUGUUGUCGUGAAAAUGGAGUACGAAACUUAACUGUGCCACUCUAUUGCUCAGGAAAUGGCACCGAAAUCAUGUAUACUCUCCAAGAACCCAUAGACUGCACAUGCCAGUGGAAUUGA